UCCCUUUACGGGCAUUCGAUUUCAAAUCAAUCGAUUUUGUGAAACAUUAUAGAAACAAAUUCGUUAUUUAUUUUCCAACAUCUGCGUAUAAGGAAAUCGGCAUAGUUAUUUAAAAACAGCCCAAAAUUCAUUGAUAAAUUUCGUAUGUCCAUGCGGUGUUUGGUGGCUAGUUAAUCUGUGCGAUAGAAAAUUUCCGUUUGGGUAUAGAAAUCGUUGGCCACUUAGUCGCCGUUUAAGCCAAGUCUUAAGUCUAGUGGGCUUAGCCGGUACCCUUGCAACAUAGUGAGGCGAAAGGUCAAGACAUAAAUGCUGGAAAAGGGAAAGAAGGAAACAUUGAGCGACAGAGAGAACGAGAGUGGUUUUACCCGUGCGAACAGAUUUCAGGUAAUCACGCAGGUCAGCAGGUCAAAGGACAUGUGCCAGGUCAACAGCUCAAACUGCCUAGCAGACACAGCACCAGAAGCCGAGGCAGAACCAGCCCAAGCCACAGUCACAGCCACGGCAGAACCAGAGCCAGAGCCAGUACCGCCACCAGAGCCAGAACCAGUACAACAUCCACAUCGUCGUCGCGCCCUGAACCGUACCGCGGAUUCCCACAGCUUCAAACAAUUUAAACAGAAACUCCUUGAAAUGGAGAGCCAACAGCAGCGCAACCAUCGUCGUUUCGCCCGUCCCAGUGUGGGAUAUCUGCUGUUCCAGUACCAGAGCGAGCUGACCCGCCGCCAUGCGGAGCCCACGCGGCUCUCCCGCACCAAGAUCCACAUCAUUGAUGGCCUGGUGUCCCGCACCAUACGCCACCUGAAGAACUGCAGCGUGGAGGAGCUGCAGGCCUGCAAGCGGGAGCUGGUCUACAAGGAGCAGCUCCGGGAUGAGCUCAAGUGCAGCAUGAAGAGGCGCCGCAUCGCCAGCUGCAGAAGCUGCGGAAGCAGGGACAGCUCCCCAUCUCCGAUGGCAAAGCCUCCAAGGACACCGCCCAAGCCGCGUCCCCAAGGCGAGGACCAGACCUCAAAGGUGUCCCUCUUUGGACCCGAGAUCUUUGUCUAGAGAUCUUUUUGGAGUUCCUUAAUUUUUUUUUUUUUAGUACUUAAGUUUCCUUAGUUCAAUAGUUCAAUUAAUGUUUGACCUUAAUUGUUGACGAUUAAAAAUCAAA